GGUAAUAUGUUCGGCCUUAUUCAUCGUUCGAAGUUACCAGGUAACGAAUGUGUUGAUUCCAGGAUAGUAGCACAGACUGCAGAAAACUAGGAUAGCGGCACAGCCGCCCAGUGACCUAGGCUAACCAUCGCUCGCAACUCAAAGGCACCAAAACAGCACAACCGUCUUGUUGGUAGAGGAGGAAUGAGCCUAUUUUGGGGAAGCCUCAGUAAAAGAUUCGACCUUGAACGUGACAGUCCCCGAUUCCUGCCAAUUGAAAGACGUAUUUCUCCUGCAAUCCUUCUUCCUUUUGGUGUAAUCUGGAUUCCGAGUGUGACUCAGGAUCGUGAUGAUACGUUCAUAGCCGUGAGGAUUGAUCGUUUCGGAGCGGGAGACAAUAGAAGUGCUUCUAUUGUCCUCCCACUCCUUGGCUUGUUGAAGCCAGUAGUCUCAUGAGCGGCAGUGAUGUUGUUGGUGAUCUCCUGGUCAUUUC